CAACCUUCACUCCUUUUUUUUUCGUCUUUCCUCUUCUCUGAAAAUCUCUUCCUCAGUAGCGAUGGCCUGUACUAUUGAUUUCCGGCGCUUAGACGAAGGCCUCGGCGGGACUAGAAACAAAAGAAAGAGAUCAGAUGAAGAAGAGCUCGAAUUCACCUUUACCAACACAUCAAUGGAUGUUGACGAUGAAGUUGAACCAUCAGCAAAGCGCACUGCAAUCUCAUCAUCUGAAGGUAAACCAACCUACGAUGGAGUAAUAGCAGGAAGAGUAUCAGGUCGUAAAUGGAAACAACCAAGAACUAAAAGAGCAUCAGCUAUGAAUAUCAAAGUGAAUCCAAGAACAUUUGAUGAGAGGAUGAAGGAGAAAGAGAUUAAAAAGGCAUUUAAAUCAAGAGUUGAUGAAUUGAAACUAGAGAUUAAGAAUAAUAAGAUUGAUAAGAGAUUGAAAAGAGAAGAAAGAGAGAAGAAGAAACAAGAGAAUAUAUUGAGGACUGGUACUAAAAUUCAGAAGAUUACUAAUCCAAAGACUUUGAAGAAGAUUUCUAAGAGUAAGAAUAAAGGUCAGCUUAGAAAGGUUCCUGAUGAGAUGUUUAAGAGGAAAUAGAUGCCUCAGGUUCUCCCUCUGGUUGUGUAUGGAAUUUUUUGUUGCGCUACCAUUUUGACGCAUCAGCCCAUUAGGAUCUGUGCAAAUUUGAGGCAUGUUUGUACCUAAAACAUCUAGUUUGUGUUAUCUGAUUCUUCUUUAUGUUCCCAUACUCUUUACUAGUGAAAAAUGGCCAAUGAAGAGAUAAUAAGUUUCUUUGCCUCACUUUAAGCUACACAUUUAUGGUUUUUAUUGUGGUACAAUUUGCUCAAGAGGCUUUUGAUGCUUAGACAUAUAUUGUUUGGCCCAUUAUGGUGGAUUUGCCAUUAUUCCUCGAAUGGUCACAUUUAAACUUCACUUUAUCUUUGAAAUACAUUGUAUG